AUGUCAAACGAAAUUCCACAAACCAUGAAAGCUCUUGUCCAGCAAGACAAAGAAAAUUGGAUUGCAGUACAAGAGAUCCCUGUUCCCAAAUUAGAUGAAAACGAAGUCCUCGUCAAAGUGGAGUAUAUUGCUCAAAACCCAACAGAUUGGAAACAUGCCGCUUUCGUUUCCGUCCCUGGUGUGAUCAAUGGUUGUGAUUAUGCAGGAACCGUUGUCCAACUCGGAGAGAAUCUGAAAAUAGCUUUGAAAGUCGGUGAUAAGGUUGCUGGAUCCACUCAUGGUGGUAUUUAUAAAGAUAAAGGAGCUUUUGCUGAAUAUUCAAGAAUUGAAAGUAACAUGACAUUCAAAAUCCCUGAUUCACUGAAAGAGGAUGAAGCUUCCACAUUUGGCAUUGGCUGGGGAACUGCUUGUCAAGCUUUAAUCCAAAGUCAAGGUCACAGCUGGCCUCCUGAGAAAGUGUCAGAGGGUUCUUGGUACAUCGUCUACGGAGCUUCUUCUUCCGUCGGUCUUUUUGCCAUUCAAUUAGCAAAAGCCAUCGGCUACAAGGUCUUGGCAGUCUGCUCACCACACUCAUAUGACCUCGUCAAGUCAUACGGUGCAGAUGAAACAGUAGACUACCACGACAAAGAUGCAGCAGUAACCAAAGCUAAGGAAAUAACUGGUGGAGGUGUACCUUAUGCUUUGGACACUAUCUCUGAAGGUGAAAGCUGGAAGAUUACAGCCGCUUUAAUGGGAAACAAAGGUAAACAACUCAAUAUGCUCUUACCAGGACCAGGAGAAGAAGAUCAAAAGAAAUAUGGUCCUGGAAUCAAAUUCACCAGAACUUUACUGUACACUGCAUUCGGUCGAGAGUUCAACUUCUCUCCCCGAGCUGAGAAGCCAACUAUGAUUCCUGGCAGUUCAGAUGAUCGAAAAUUCGGUGAAGAGUGGUAUGCCAAAACUGCCGAGAUGAUCGCCAAGUUCAACAUCAAACCUAAUCCUAUCAGUUUGAGAAAAGGUGGAUUAAACGAUGUCUCGGCUGGUUUCCAGGAAAUGAAAGAAGGAAAAGUAUCUGGAACCAAGAUCGUUUACAAGGUCGCGUAA